UUGGGGAAAUGAGAGCACAUAAACACAAUACACACAGAAACACCCAAAUAACCCAAUCACCUGUGCCGUCCUCUGCUUUCACCGUCAUCUUCAUCAUCUUCAAUCAAUCACUCUCUCAAGCAACAGGAGAGCGACACCAAACACCUCACACAGGGCAAAGGAAUGGGGCAAAUGUCUUUCCGCCAUUUCUCAGUGUGUGAUAACCUUUGGGAGAUAUAGGAGUAUUGCAGAGUGUUCUAGAAAGGACACUUAGAGAUGCAUAGGCGUAGAUGGAGACCGUUGGCUCUAUUGCGGAAGGUGCUAACUUUCGCCAUUUGUGCUAUAGCGCUAGUGGCUCUGCUCUCUUUCCAUCUACACACUUUUUCUUCCUCCAUAGUCCCAAACUUCCCGGACCCCUACAAGCUCCCCACGCAACAUGAAUUCAAACACCAGAGAUUUAGCACGGUGCGAAGCUGGACUCGAGAGCUCACUCCGCCACAUUUGUCAAAAGCGCCGCUAUCUUCUCGUCAGUUGGCUGGUGCUAGAGGGACCUUGGAGUUGUACAAACUAUGGAAGUCUCCACCAAAUCGUGAUUUUGUGCCCUGCGUAAAGCCUACUGCUUACUAUGCAACUCCUAUAGAGUCACGGGGUUACCUUCUUGUCCAUACAAACGGUGGGCUCAACCAAAUGCGUGCUGGGAUAUGUGACAUGGUAGCUGUAGCCCGCAUCAUAAAUGCCACCCUUGUUAUUCCAGAACUUGAUAAACGGUCGUUUUGGCAGGACUCUAGUAACUUCUCGGACGUUUUUGAUGAAGAUCAUUUUAUCAAUGCUCUGGCUAAUGAUGUAAGAGUAGUAAAAAAGCUUCCUAAGGAAAUGGCAGCUGCUACUAGAGCUGUCAAGCAUUUUAGAAGCUGGUCUGGCAUGGAUUACUACCGGGAUGAGAUAGCUAGCAUGUGGGAGGAUUUUCAGGUUAUUCGUGCUGCCAAAUCUGAUUCUCGCUUGGCAAAUAACAAUCUUCCUCCAGACAUUCAGAAAUUGCGUUGCCGUGCCUGUUAUGAAGCCCUCCGUUUUUCACCUCAAAUUGAAGCAUUGGGAAAAUUGUUGGUCAAUCGGAUGAGGUCCUAUGGUCGUUACAUUGCUCUGCAUUUACGGUAUGAGAAGGACAUGCUUGCCUUUAGUGGCUGCACACACGGUCUGUCUCCAGCUGAAGCUGAUGAGCUAAGGAUGAUCAGGGAGAACACUGCAUACUGGAAAAUAAAGGACAUCGAUUCUGGGGAACAGAGAUCCAAAGGUUACUGCCCCUUGACUCCCAAGGAAGUUGGAAUUUUUCUCUCUGCUCUUGGGUACCCAUCAAAUACCCCUAUAUACAUUGCUGCUGGAGAGAUAUAUGGGGGUGAUUCUCAUAUGGCUGAUCUGCGAUCCCGCUAUCCCAUAUUAAAGAGCAAGGAAAAAUUGGCAUCUGAGGAGCUGGAGCCUUUUAUGGAUCAUGCUUCUCAACUUGCUGCACUUGAUUACAUUGUAUCUGUUGAAAGUGAUGUAUUUAUCCCAUCUUACUCUGGGAACAUGGCAAGGGCAGUUGAAGGUCAUCGUCGUUUUCUUGGACAUAGGAAAACAAUAUCACCUGACAGGAAAAUUCUUGUUCGUCUGUUUGACAAAAUUGAGCGGGGAACUCAGAAAGAAGGCAGAAAUUUAUCAAAUCGAAUAAUUGAAGCCCAUAGAAGACGGCAAGGGUCUCCAAGGAAGAGAAAAGGCCCCAUUUCUGGAACAAAGGGCAUGGAUAGGUUUCGAUCGGAAGAAGCCUUUUACGUAAACCCUUUACCAGAUUGUUUAUGUCAGAGGGAGUCACCAAAUAUGAACACCUCUCACAUAAUCAGGUAGAUCAGAUGAUGCAGAUUGUUGCUCUUGAUAAACGACUCCUGUGCUGGAGGGUUGGUGGCACUUGCUUUCCAUACAAGAAGUUGAAGCAACUCAAGCUGUUCUGCUGCCAUGGGUGAUGGAUAUACCCCAAACCCUAGAAUGCUAGGGCAAAUAUACGAAAGAAGAGGAAAAUUGAAGUAGGGUGCAGGGCAGGAACGCAAUCAUGUGAGAUGGCGGCCUUACAUGCACAUUUUUUUUUUGGUUGGAGUUGGCCUGGAUUGACUGAGCUGCAUAGGGUGGUCGGGGACACCAUGCUGUAUUUCUUCUUUUGGCAACUUCUAUGUAUGUUCAUUCAGUCAUUGAAUUCAAUACAAACGAAAAAAUUUAAGAUUUUUCCUUC